AUGAGCUCUCCUCCGCCGGAAGACCCUACACCCCAUAUAGACGAAGAAGCCCAUCUCCUCUCCACCUCAUCCAUUCCGUCCUCGCCACCGUUUGUCGACGGCGGAUUUGAAAAUGUUUCAGAGGAGGAGGAAGAAGUCGCGUACGAAUCUCGGGAGAAAGUUGUGAUCGUAGACGUCGAAUCAGACGAGAUAAACGGCGGAGAUUGCUCCACAGUACCACCGUUUUCGUUCAAGAAGUUAUGGCUGUUUACGGGUCCGGGUUUUCUAAUGAGUAUAGCUUUUUUGGAUCCGGGUAAUUUGGAAGGGGAUUUGCAAGCUGGUGCAAUUGCGGGUUACUCUUUAUUAUGGCUGUUAAUGUGGGCUACGGGUAUGGGUCUGUUGAUCCAGCUGUUAUCGGCACGGGUCGGGGUGGCAACCGGCAAGCACUUGGCGGAGCUAUGCCGGGAGGAGUAUCCUUAUUGGGCUGGGAUUUUGUUAUGGUUCAUGGCGGAAGUAGCUUUGAUUGGAGCUGAUAUUCAAGAGGUGAUCGGGAGUGCUAUUGCUCUUAAAAUUCUUAGCCGUGGAUGGUUGCCUCUCUGGGCUGGAGUUUUAAUUACCGCCUCUGAUUGUUUUAUGUUUCUACUACUGGAGAACUAUGGAGUGAGAAAGUUGGAAGCUGUUUUUGCUGUUCUGAUAUCGACGAUGGCUGUAUCUUUUGCUUGGAUGUUUGCUGACACAAAGCCCAACAUGAAUGAUCUUUUGAUUGGACUUAUAGUUCCAAAGCUGAGCUCAAGAACUAUUCGUCAAGCUGUUGGAGUGGUGGGUUGUGUUAUUAUGCCUCACAAUGUGUUUUUGCAUUCUGCCUUGGUACAGUCAAGGAAAAUUGAUCCCAACAAAAAGGGCAAGGUUCAGGAAGCACUCAAUUACUACUCAAUUGAAUCUUCUUUAGCCCUUGUUAUUUCCUUUAUGAUCAAUCUGUUUGUUACAACUGUUUUCGCAAAGGUGUUCUAUGGCAGCAAAGAAGCUGAUAGUAUUGGUUUAGUAAAUGCUGGGCAUUAUUUAGAAGCAAAGUAUGGUGGAGGAGUGCUGCCCAUUCUUUACAUUUGGGGUAUUGGACUAUUAGCAGCGGGGCAAAGUAGUACAAUGACUGGCACUUAUGCAGGACAGUUUAUCAUGGGAGGUUUUCUGAACCUUCGUCUGAAGAAAUGGCUUCGGGCACUUAUCACUAGAAGCUGUGCCAUCGUGCCAACCAUUAUUGUUGCACUUAUCUUCAACAGAUCUGAAUCAUCACUAGAUGUGUUGAAUGAGUGGCUAAAUGUGCUUCAGUCCAUACAGAUUCCUUUUGCGCUAAUACCACUUCUGACCUUGGUUGCUAAGGAACAAGUGAUGGGAACCUUUAGGAUUGGACCAACUCUAGAGAGAAUUGCAUGGACUGUGGCUGCCCUGGUGAUAGUGAUUAAUGGGUAUCUUUUGCUAGACUUCUUCUCCUCUGAAGUUACCGGAUUGUUGUUUGGCUUUCUGGUUUGUGCAGCGACUGUGGCAUAUUUAGCAUUCAUCUUGUAUCUGAUAUCACGUAAGAGAGCAGCUGUUCAUGGAACUCUGAAAGGUUUUGGUGUUUCAAGUUUGCAACUGAAGGAGCAGGCAAGCCAGAUUUCCAUUCCUCUGCUGCUUGCUUGGAUGGCCUCCAUUGGAGGUUUGGAAGCUUUCAUCAUUUAUGAUCUUUUUCCUUCGUUAAUCCGUAUUAGCUGUAGACUUCCGGUUAGCAAACACUCAAUAAUUCAACUUCGAGCACUAAAUUGA